AUGCUUUCUACGACCAAAAUUAAAAUCAAACUUUUUAUUUUCUAUAUUUUUUUUAAUUUUAUUUCCACAGCAAAAGCACAAAAAAAUACUACUUCAAUAAUAGCUAAUUUUUUUUCCGACAUAAUACGAUUUCCACAAAUCGUAGUUAUUAAUGAUGAAAUAGAUUUUGUGUGUCCUAGUACUAAGGAUUAUAGUAAUUUGAAAGAAUACACAAGCUUGUUUUCUCAAGUAGGGACGUUCACCCCUAUUGCAGGCCUUCUUUUUAGUAUAUUUAUUUAUGGUGCAAAAUCUGUAUUUGGAAUUAUGACAACCUGCUUGAUUGAUGAUAUGGUUAUUAUUGCAGCUUCUUUUGGACCAAUCCUUUGGUGGUACACUUUUGCCAAACCAUUAUGGUUAUUUGGAAUAAUACAUGAAAUCCAAAAGGAUACAAAUUACAACUACGAAUUUAUUUAUUCAAUAGUUCUUGGUAUUUUACUCGGAAGUAUGGUAGUUAUUCUGAUUUUGGGAUCAAUUUUGAGGUUACAUUUUCACAAUCGCCGGAAUAAACUUAAUGAAGAUUCAUUAUGGUUCCAUAUGUCUCCAAAGAAUUAUCGUCUUACCAACAAAGAAUUCUUCGCUGUUUCAACAGCCUUCUUUGUUUGGGGACAAUUUGAUGAAUUUAAUUCAGAUAAUGGAUCAAAGGUUGUUGUAUAUGCUAGACAAAUCAACUUGUUAUUUUUAAACUAUCUCAUAAAUUUUUGUUAUUUCCUCGCAACUUUUUGUUUAGUUGCGACAUAUCAUUUUCCUAAUUUGGAAAGAUUUAUCACUAGUAAAAGUAGACGUUCUGGUGGCUUUGUGCUUUUUAACACUAUUCUCACCAUUGUUUUGACUCGUUCAAUCGCAUCAUUCUUUUCUGACGGUGGAGUAAUUGAAUGUACUUAUAAACAUGGUGGAGAUGAGAAAGUUUAUGCAGAAAUCAAAGUUAAAAAUAUUAACGAGCUUAACUAUGAAUACGAUGAGAAGGAACAGUUAAAGAAACUAAAGGAUAAAAAAUUCAAAAAGUUUUUUCUUAAAGUGAAAAAAUAUCUUUUUGGAAAAGGGGUCUUUGAAAGUGGUCCGAUCCUAAAAGAAAUCAAGAAAAUUACCGGGGCGGAUGCAACUUGUCCUCUAAAACAUCAUAAUUUAAAAGUGAAAAAGAUGGGAGUGGAAAAUAAGGUACGGAUCAACAUACUUGAAACUGGAGCUCUUAAUUAUUUUAUUUACUCUCAUCGUAAAAACUCUGAAGAGGAAGACGAGCAAAAAGAGCAAAAAGAGCAAAAAGAGAAAUAUGUAUUUGAAAUUAGUGAGUUCCAUAAAAAGUGCUAA